UGGUGCCUUGUACAAAAUGAUCGCCGAAAUUAUAAUAUUUAUAGUCACUACCGUGUUUUUUUACAUACUGUAUGUACAUAAGAAAAUACAUUACUUCUUCAAAGAGAGGGAUGUGAAGUUCUUACCUGGCGUUCCCAUGUUUGGGAACAUGUAUCAGAGUACGGUUGGGAAAAAACAUUAUUUGGAAGAUUUGGCUGCUGUGUAUACAGCUUUUCCAGAUGAAAAGUACGUCGGCCUCAUAGAAGGUGGCUCCCCGAUAAUUAUAAUCCGUGAUCCUGAAUUGAUAAAAACAAUCACUGUUAAAGAUUUCGACCAUUUUGUCAACCACAAGCAAUUCUUCGACCCAGACGUGGACCCGUUGUUCGGUGGAAGCAUUAUUAUGAUGAAAGAUGACAAAUGGCGUGAUAUGCGCGUAACUUUAAGCCCAGCCUUCACCGGCUCCAAGAUGAGACUGAUGAUGAACUUCAUGACUGAAGUAAGCCACAACAUCAUCGACUAUUUGAAAGAGCAUAUAUCCGAAGAGAUUCAUGUUGAUGAUUUGGUGCGUCGCUAUACCCUGGACGUCAUCGGGUCAGCAGGCUUCGGUAUUCAAGUGAAUUCUGUGCGAGAUAAAGACAAUGAAUUCUUCAAAAUAGGCAUGAAUUUGUUUACCUUCGACUUUCACCAGAAACUGGCAUUAUUUAUGUCCGCUCAAUUUCCUAAACUUGGAAAGAAAUUGGGAAUUACUGUAUUUCCGCCAAGGGUGAUGAACUUUUUUAAAAAUACUAUCACUGAAACGAUAAGUUACAGGAAAAAUAACAAUGUGGUACGACCCGAUAUGAUACAGCUAUUGAUGGAAGCUUCGAAAGGAACAUUAACAGACAGUAACCCUGAGAAAGAAGAUGUCGGAUUUGCCACUACCGAAGAGGCAUUAAAACAGAAAGGUGUUACAAGAGAAUGGACAGAAGAUGAAAUAAUUGGACAAGUGUUCAUAUUCUUCGCCGCUGGAUUUGAGAGCUCUGCAGCAGCUAUAACUCUAUGUAUUCACGAAUUAGCCCUAAAUGAGGAGGUCCAAGAGAAACUGUACAAGGAAAUACAGCAACACCAAGCAAGCAACACUUUGUCCUACGAGAAUGUGAACCAGUUGAAAUAUUUGGAUUGUGUUGUAAAUGAAACAUUGAGAAAAUGGACAGCAGCUAUCUUCAUGGACAGAAUGUGUAAUAAACCAUACGAACUACCCCCACCUCGGGAAGGAGGAAAGCCUUAUCGUCUAAACCCUGGAGAUGUAGUAUACAAUAUGGUGAAUGUCAUUCACAUGGACGAUAAGUAUCAUCCUAACGCGCAACAAUUCAAUCCAGAUCGCUUCUCAGAUGAGAACAAACACAAAAUUGUACCAUUCACUUUCAUGCCAUUUGGAAUGGGACCGAGAAACUGUAUCGCUUCUAGAUUUGCACUUCUUGAAGUCAAGGUAUUCUUAUACGACCUGGUCCUGAACUUCAAAAUCGCCAAAAGUCAGAAGACUGCAGACCCUAUACGUUUACACAAUCUGGACUUCAACAUCAAGGCGACGGGUGGUUCAUAUGUGAAAUUUGAACUGAGGUCUACAUAAAUGUCAUGAAGAAUGUAGAUCAUUGAACCAAAUGAUUUAAAACGGCCGGGAAAUAUCACAGAAUGAAAUAACAUAAACACAUAAACCAAGUUAAUAAUAAUAAUAACCCUGGACAAUUAUCACAGCGCCAUCUAGUCUCACGAUAAGCUGAACUUAUGUUAUUGCUACUAGAUAACUCAGAUUUUUUUUGUAAAUACAUAAUAUACAUAGAAAACACCCAGACCGAUACAAACAAUGAUACUCAUGAAUACAAAUAUUUGCACCGUACAUCGAACCCGCGAAGACCACCGAGAAGGUGAAAAA